CUGGAUAUUCUUGGGAGAGGUCACAGGUACUGCACAAUCUUCAGUAUGAAACCCUUUUCGUAAUCGUUGGAUUUUCAAGCGACCACUACAGUCCAGGAAAUGGCGUCAAAUGUUACGUGGAUUCCAAUCUGAUGGGUACAGAGAGGGCCUCGCAUGAGUGAACCCUCAUGGAAUCACUUUUUCGAUGGAAAUCAGGAAAAAACGACACGGUUAUAGUCGUUAUGCCCGUUAUUCAAAACAUCGAGGAUUAGGCUUUAUUUUGCAGUCCCCCCGUCUCCCCCGCUCGCUUUCCUUCUUGCCUAGGGGCUAGGGCUUUGCUUCCAUUUACUGUUUCUCCAUCUAUGGCUUCCUUUGAGCUGUAGUCGGAAAGAAAAUAAACCCUUUUGCGUCUAAUCGGGUUCUCUGAUAAGGGUUAGGGUUUCUUUCAUGUUCACUUUCUCUGAUUGCUUUAAAUAGAAGGUUCAUUUCUCCAGUUCUCAUCUUCAAAAUAUUUCUGAAAUGGCAAAUUCGAGACACUGAAGCAAAGCCGUAGUUCAAGGGGAGCUUCAGCCGAAAAAGGAUGGAUGGUCAAUCCAGUGAAUAUAAAUUGAGGCAAGACCGGUUGAGGACAAGGUGGACAGCAUCCCUUGAUAAGAUAUUUGCAGACUUGGUGGUAGAGCAAGUUCAACUGGGGAACAAGAGGACAAACAAUGUUUUUGACAAGAAAACAUGGAAGCAUAUACGUGAUGAGUUCAACCGACAAACAGGUCUAAACUUUGAUAAGAAACAAUUGAGGAAACACCUUGUGGUUUUACGAACACGGUAUUACAACUUGAAAUCAGUUUUUGAUCAAGAUGGCUUUGGAUUGGAUGGAUCCCAAUGCAUGAUAACAAAUGAAUUUGAACUAGGGGAACAAUUCAUUGAGGUACAACCCAAGCCCGAGGCUAUCAGAAUCAAGGAUUGUCCUAUUUAUGAACAGCUGUGCACAAUAUUCUCUGAGAAAGGGGCUGAUGGUAGGUAUGCCCAGUCAAGUCACUAUGGUGAGUCACACAAAGAGACGACCGGGAUGGAGACUCCUGCAACCGCAUCAUGUCCAAAAUCUGCAAACACGCCUUUUAACCCUUCAAGGCCAUCAAUGUUUGCACAACAUGAUUCUUCCUCACCUUCAAGACCGGACACACUCGAUGGGCGAAAGAAGCGUCGAUCCGAGACACAAUCGGGUCAGGGCCUUCGAAUGAGAAACUGUGAUGGGACUACUGGUGAUGCUAUAGCAGAAGCUAUGUUAGAAAUGGCGGCUGCUUCAAAGCUGAGAGCAGUUGCUAUGACGCAGGCUAAUGACCAAUUUUCUAUUUCCGGUUGCAUCAAAGCAUUGGAUGAGAUGCAAGGCGUUGAUCAGAACAUCUAUUUUGCUGCUUUGGAUCUUUUUGAGAACCCCAAUCUGAGGGAGACGUUCGUGUCCCUGAAAAACGAGAAACGGUUGGCCUGGUUGCAAGGAAAAUGUAUGGCUCUCUCUGGUUCGAUGGUGUGAGGUUUAACAAGGACUUAUUAUUACAUAUGUUUGCUUUUAUAUCUAUGUUUAUCAUAGUAUUAGCCUAAACAUAACAGCCAUGAAUUUUGGUUUUGGAUGCCUUGUUUUGACACUUACAGCAGACCACUUGUACAUGUCCAUGUCAAGGUAAGAACUUCCUAUCAUCUGUUCAUGUUUUUUUUUUUUUUUUUUGGUAUAUUUUUCAUGUAAUCAAUUUGUAGGUUGGACUUUGGAGGCAAACAUUCUGUGUUGAGAUCU